UGACACCAAGCCUAGGUCCGGCCAUCUUGUGACGGCAAGCGCUCUCUGAUCUCAAAACACCCCCAAAUGUGGGUAAUUUGUGUCCGAAAUUGCACAAAAUUGUUCAUAAACAAUCCUUGACAACGGCCUCAGUGCGUGCAAGUUCAUAACUCACGUGUAUGUGUCGUAAAAUGCGUACAAAUUAAACGGAUUGUUUGUUGCUUUUUGUGUAACAUUUUUGUGUGUGUAGUCGUCUUCAGAGUCCACAUCAAGUUUUACUUCACUGUUCGAUGAUCUCAUUGGAUAAUUAUAUCAUUCGGCGCACAAUUCCGGAUAUGGGUUAGACAAAUUCUCGAUGGUGACCAGGCGUCAUUCAAUAUUAUAGAGCUUUGGGGGCGAUGGAUAAAGAAAAUGGUGAACAAACAGAAGGUGGUUCAAGCUCCAAUAAAAUCUCCAGUGCCCCCGACACUUUACUGGAUGCUGCAAGUUUGUUUGCUUAUUGGCCUCGAAGCGAAUCUAGUGGUGCAGCUGCAGCAGCUGCGGCUGCCAACGCGGCCAAUCUUUUUGCGGCCACGGGAGGCGCAUACGGCCUGGCACCCCAUCCCUCUUUACCGUUCGGAAUGUUGCCUCCAACUUCCAGCAGAGGAAUGCCCUCGUAUCCAACAGCCACAAGCGCUGCAGCCGUCUAUAGCAAUGCUUACUCAAAUACACUAUCGGUUGCAGCAAGUCAAGCCGCGAGUUUGGGGAUACCCGCGGCCAGUGCUGCAUGGUGGUCCAUGGCAUCACAUUUGGCAGCUCAGGACUACCUUGCCCGUUUGCAAGCUUCAGGUCUAAAUUUUCCUGGUUUACCAAAUCCUGCCGAUUUACCUUAUUCACCCUUAUCCUUGUCCUCUCUCACAGGUUAUCCUAAGGCUAAGACAUCGAAAAAUUCUUCAACUUUAUCCUCCACAGCUUCACUGCCAAAGCAUCAAUCGUCAUCUGUCGGAAAUACGUUGGUAAAGUCGCAAAAAACCCCCGCACAUUCUAUCAAUUAUUCAUCAAGCUCAAUGAAAUUGAAUGAUGGGAGGACAGAGCAGUCAAUUUAUACUAAUACGCCGAUGCCAUCUAGUAGAAAUAAUACUGCAACUAGUAAUUGCGCUUCGUCUUCUUCAAAACUGCCUUCUAAUCCUGGUCUAACGAUACAGCCCAGUAUGCGAAUUCCAACUAGUGCCAGUUCUAGUACCAUAACAAGUAGCAGUGGUAACAGUAACGCCGAUAGAAGAACAUCCAAAGUUAACGAAUACGGUUAUCUAAAAAAUGUAGAGAAACCAAAAAGUUCAAGUCCAAAAAUAUCACCCUCAACCGCUAGUAUUUUUACCAAUCCACUCAGUUUGGCCAAUAACAUAGAUAAGAAUAGUAUUAACUCUAACAAUUCUCCAAGUCCAGGCCUUUCUUCUGGAUUCCCACCUAGUAUUUUAAGUUCAGCAUUAGAAGGAACAAGUGAUCCAAAUUCAAUACUGGGUGGAGUUAGACUUCCGCCCGAUACGGAAAUUAUCAAAUACACUUCAUCUAUAGUCGGUCCAAAAAUACCGGGCACAACGAAUAGGGGCCGAAAAAAGACAAUUUCUUUGGAUCCACCUUGUGUUAGUGUACAUCCUUCGCAUGGCAUUUUUGGUAUGGAGAAGACUGCUAAACGUCCGAAAUUGAAUAUAUUUAAUCAAGAAAUGAAAGAACCAAGCAGCACACCGCCUUCCGUUUUGGGUAACGAUAAAGUUGAAGUCAUAAAAUUACAAUCAACGAACGGUAGUCCAGGUAUCUCGCCGUUAUCUCUCACAACUAACUCUAGUUUUGGAGAUAGUUCCUCUGAUGCACCCCUUAAUUUAUCAUUGAAACCUGCAGUCACAUCGUCCUCUAACCUCUCCAGUUCUUCGCUCAAUUCCCUCAGCAAUAUGUCUGCGAACAUUGGCAUGGACAGGAUAUCUCGAAGGAAACCUGGUCCGAAACCUCGUCGUGUAAUUCAGGCUCCUACCCAUCUACCUCCAGGUGCUCCAAGCGCUUCCUUGCAGCAGUUAUUUGCAACAGCGGAUUCUCCCCGCCCGCCGAGUCGCAGUGACGAAAUCAUUCAAUUUUACAGCGGUAGUACUACUACAACAACUGUAUCAACAACAACUACCACCAUAACUACAACAAAUUCUAUUACUACCACAGUUUCUUCCCUUGCCACCUUGUCUUCUUCUGCUUCAAUAAUUCCCAUGCACAAAGAUGGUCGGCCCAGGAACCUUGGACGAGGUGUUAGUAAGCCGAAAAAGAACACCGUAGCUUCCUUGUUAGCACAAAGCAGAGCUCUAGGCAUAAAGCCUAUGCCAAUAUUAGAUCCUAAUACGUCCAUGAAUCAGCAAAUAUCGUUAUUAAAAUCAAAUAUUUUGGCAGCCCAGCAGUUAAUGGUAGAGGUAGGGGGUGACGAAAAAACUUUUAAUAAGUUAUUACAGGAAAAAAUUAAGGGUACUCUGAGCGACUCCAACUCGAGUACCGUUGAUGCCUCUACAGAUUCUGAUAAUCAUACCGAUUCUAAUCAUACUGAUUCUGAAAUAGAAGCAGAGCCAUUGUCUACGCUUAAGAAGCAAAAGCAAUACGAUGAGAAUAUGUUAAGGGUACCAUUAGCAAAAGGUUGGAGACGAGAAACUAUAAUUAGAGGCCUUGGAAAGAAUGGAACAAUAAAAGGGGACAUUUCAUACAUAGCCCCCGAUUCAUCUAACAAAUUUAGGCAAAUGUCAGAUAUUACUCAGUACUUAGAUUAUCAUAAGGUCCCAGACUUAACAAAAGAAAAUUUCACAUUCAGCAGUCGGGUUAUCAUUGGGGACUACUUACAACCGGUUCCUGUAGGAAUGGGAACUGAAGGAACCGAUUGUAUUAAACUAAGUGAAGAAGAUGUUAUUAAAAGGCUAGAAGAAUUGAAAGCGACGAUGCGAUCGAAUCUCGCAGUAGAACAACGGAUAGAAGUUGCGAGAAGACAACAGGCAGCGAGAGCGCAAGCUCGUCUUGAAAAAGAACAAGCACGUAUACAGAGAGAAAUGGAAAGAAACGAAAAACAGGAAGCCGCUAGGAAAGAGCGAGAAGCAAGAUCCCAACAAAUGCUCGAGGCCAAGAGAAAGAAACAGGAACAAAUUGAAAAGCACAAGCAUGAAGAACAACUUCGAAAGCAACAGGAACGAGAAUUAAAGAGGCAACAACAAGCAAUGCUUAAAGAACAGAUGUACAUGCAAGAGAUGAAUAAACAGCGAGAGGUGCUCUUCACUGUUGAAUUGGAGAGAGAAAGAAGACGCCAGCAUAUGGCAUUAGUGAAAGCUCUCGAAGCUCGCAGGAAAUUGGAAGCAAGAGAACGAAAAAAACAAGUUUUGCUUGCUGAAAAACAAGCCAACAAAGAACGUAAAAUGGAGCAGCGAAGAAUAGAAAUGGAGAUUCUUACUGAAAUUCGAAAACCAUGCGAAGAUCUCGAACUCGAUCAUAAACCAUUGCCUGAAUAUAACCGAAUAUUGGGACUUAAACUGUCUGGGAAAGCAUUCUCUGAUAUGUUAAUGGUCUUUGAGUUUCUUCACAAUUUUGGCGAAACUCUCGGUUUUGACAUGGAAUCGUUGCCGACUUUGGAUACAUUACAACAAGCAUUAUUAUACAACGAUACCAAUACUGAAGCAGAAGAAGAACUUUUGUCGGUUAUGACGCAUUUGUUGGUCUGUGCUAUCGAAGAUCCUGGUAUUCCUAAUCCCGUACGUCACACUACAAGUUUAGGACAAACACUUAGACAAGCAGAUAUCACUCAUCAUAACUUAUCAGAGAUUUUAAGAAUAUACCUGUAUGCAAAUGCUACUGGAGAAGUUAAAUCAUUAACAGGCGUUCAUUUUGAACGAGAGCGUGAAAAACGUGUUGCUGAUCACCAUCAAAACGGCUGUGAAAUGCAACUCACUCAAUCAGGCAAGAAUGCAACGUAUUAUGAAUUAUUACAUGAAAAUCCUACAUGGAAGAUGUCCGAUUUACUCAAGGAUAAGCCAUUCUUAGCACUGUCGCCAACAAAUAAAGCUGCUAUAUUAGCUUAUCUUUGCAAUGAACUGCUUCAGAACAAGGCUGUGAUUAGACAGAUUGAAGGAUCUCUUGAUAGUGUUGUGCAACUGAAGAAAGAAAAAUGGAUAUUAGAUACGAAAAUUCGAAAAUUGCGCAUGCUUUAUAACAGGAAAAUACGAUCUGAAGCUACAGAAAGGUCAAUCAAUAAGACCGAUGGAGACGCCACUGAAUCAGUAACGGAAGAAUUGCCACUUCUUCAUAAAGAUGAUUUGUUAGAUGAAGAUGAAAAUGAAAUGAGUGAAAAUGAAAGCGUUGGGACACAACCUGAAGAAGAAGAAGACAAUAAGUUAUCGGGAGAGGAACUUGGAAAGAAAUUGGAAAAGUUGGUAAAACAGUCUCAGAUUCAUCUUCAGUCGCUUAAUGCAGCAGGGCAUCAACUUCGUGCAACUUGUUUCGGACAAGAUCGUUAUUGGCGAAGGUAUUGGUCACUACCAAAAGCCGGGGGAGUUUUCGUUGAAGCCAUAGAAUCAGCAGAUCCAGAAUUUCUCGAAGAGAUUCAAAAAGAUGAAAAAGUGAAUGAAGCUAACAUUAACACUACAACUACCACUCACUUAGAGACUGAACAGAACGACAGUCCGCCAAGAAGUCCUUCUAUAGACCGGGAAAAUAACGUAUCAAGUGAGCAUAGUGACGUAAGCGAGGAGACUGAAAAGACUCUUAAUAACAAUGAAAAUGAACAUAGAAAAACUCCAAAUAGGUUAGAUCUGGUUGAAAAUGGUGAAAUAGGCGAUAUUUGUGAACGAAAUUUGGAUGAGCUACGGAAAAGUGUUGAUCGAAUAGUACAGAGUCUUGAGAUGGGUUGUGAUUACCCUAAAAAAGAAGACCAGCAGUCUGAAAAUAACGAAGAAAAUACAAAACCUUCCGAAAUAGAAAUAGACAUUAAUCAUGCCAACGAAGUUGUUGAUGCUGAACAUAAUGAUGCAGAUGAAAUAAAAGUAAAAUUAGAAACAGAAAAAGAGGAAAGUCCAAAGAAGUUCAACUUAUUUGAGAGGUUAGGUGAAUGUAUGGAGAAAGCAAAUGAAGAUAAAAUGAAGUCCGAGCUAAAAAUGGAAUGUAAAGAAGAAAUAAAAAGUGAAAUCCUUAACGAACUGAAAUCUGAAAUAAAAAGUGAAAAACAAGAAGACGAAGACGAAGAAAAGGCCGAAGCAGAGAACAAAUGGUUUAGUAUUUUGACAAGGGAUGGUAGUACCUGUGAAGAACUACAUCUUACACAAGGAAACCGAUGGGAUGCAGGUGGGGUUGGAAUAUGUUCUCGCGAAAACAUAACCGAACUUAAAAUUCCGGUCUUUCCUCCGCCAUCUAAUGCCGGCUACAAUUCUUGUGACAGUCCGGGUCCUUUACAAAUGACCGCAGAGGAAAGUACCCAACUCGAGUAUAUUAAAAAACACGGUUUUCCAGAACGAUCUGAACCUAAAGUUAUUCCGCGUGGCAAGCGCUACGGCUGGUGGAGGAUCAAGAAUGAAGAAGAACUGAAGACUGUCAUAGAUAGCUUACAUACUAGAGGUACGCGAGAGAGGGAGCUUCGUAGAACUAUUUUAAAUACUAUGCAAAUAAUGUAUGAAGAUAAGGGUAACGUACAUAUUGAAGAAGGACAAAAUGACAUGACUACGCUUGCACCGAGAGAUUAUUAUGUUGAAAUGGUCGAGGGAGGAGCUCCUUAUCCUGACGAACCUGGUAGUUGGAAUGCCGCAGUUGCUAAUAGAAUCGAUUUGGCAGUUUUUGAACAGUUGGAAGCAUUGGAAGAUAAGGUGGCAAAUGCUAGUAUGCAAGUCAAAGGAUGGAGACCUCCGACACGUAAUGGUAUUGAUAUUCCUGAGGGUGAAAUAAUAAUUUCUGCAAAGGAACGAUUGGCAGGAUUAGAAGCCGCCAUUGAACGAAGAUAUCUAAAACCACCUCUUGGAAUAAAUACCGGAGAUCCAAAUUUGGCAGUUAUCGCACAAGAAGCAUCUGGAGGAAGUACACCUAUGCAAUCUAUGCCAAGUCCGGACGAAAUUCCGAAGGGGUUGUCGGUUUGGCGCGAGGCAGUUAGUAGGGCACAGACGGCCGCUCAACUUGCUAUGUGUUUGUACAGCUUAGAGUCGUCCAUCGCUUGGGACAAAAGUAUCAUGAAAGCUGUGAGCCACCCUUCUCAGAUUGAUAUUUUGACUAAUCAGAGAGCUCGCAAUUAUAACACCAAACUAAGUAAUUGCCAAUUUUGUCAUAAUGGAGAUAAUGAAGAUAAACUAUUACUUUGUGACAGUUGUGAUAAGGGAUAUCACACGUACUGUUUUAAGCCAAGAAUGGAAAAUAUUCCCGAAGGAGACUGGUACUGCCAUGAGUGCAUGAAUAAGGCGACAGGUGAAAGAAAUUGCAUAGUUUGCGGAAAGAAACAGUCAACAACAGGAACGCGUUUAAUUUUCUGCGACUUAUGCCCCCGUACUUAUCAUACAGACUGUGUAAGACCUGCUCUAAAUAAAGCGCCUAGAGGGAAGUGGUACUGUUCAAACUGCAUUAGCAAAAAGCCCCAGAAAAAGCCUGUAAAAAAGUCUACACCAAAAGUGGCUCGCGAUAGUGAAUCGUCUGAUCAUCCUCCAAACAGCCCAGCCCCUUCACACAGUUCAGCCACUACAAACGAAGACAAGAACGAUCAAUCUAGCGAUUUAACAAAUUUUAGCAAUGUUGGAUCUCCAUCGUCCAAUCAAGGAAAAAAGGAUAAAGUUUCAAAAAAAAUCAUCAAAGAGCUUGCACCCUGCAAAGCAAUUUUAGAAGAUCUUGAGUGCCAUGAUGAUGCUUGGCCUUUCUUACUUCCAGUCAACACUAAACAAUUUCCAACGUAUAAAAAAAUUAUUAAAAGUCCCAUGGACUUGUCAACUAUUAAAAAGAGGUUACAGGAAGCUCAUUACAAAUCCAAAGAAGAAUUUUGCGCUGAUGUGAGACAGAUUUUUAACAACUGCGAAACAUUCAACGAAGACGAUAGUCCUGUUGGAAAAGCGGGGCACAUGAUGCGACAAUUUUUUGAGGCAAGGUGGAACGAAUUGUGCUCUCUUCAUAGUUGAGGCUUGUUACUUCUCAAGUGAUUAACACAAUGAACGCUGUAGCAAAUGCCUUCGAAAAUUCGUGUUUAAAUUAAUAAGUUUUUUUUCUGUAAAAUGACUAUUUUAUGUCAACGACUGACGAAUAACAUGAUAGUCAACCGCUUAAGUUUAAAGAAAAAGAAAAACAGAAAAAACAGUUAGCGAAAAGAAAAAUGAAGCCUAGUCUUUUAUGUACUGUGUGUGUUUAUUGGACUGGGUUUUGAAGACUUUAAGUAGAUUUAAUAAAUAAAUAAAUAAAUAAAUGCUUGGACGAUUAUUGUCUGAUAAACUAUUUAAUGAAGUAUCUCAAGACAAGCUAAUCGGAACUGAAAAGGAAAAAGGUUUAAGGCUUCUGCUGUUGUUUGUAUUUUUAGGUGUACAUUUGUAUACAGCAUCGAAUUCGAAAAUUUUUAGGAUCAUUAAGCCGUGGUUUACUUAACAUUUAAAGUAACUUUUGUACUGUAGUCUUAUUUAAAUUAAUUUAUUUAGUUAAUUGAUUAAUUGCGUGUUUGUGUAUGUGUUAAGACAUUUUUUGAUACAUAUUACGUAUUAAUUGUUUCUAUUUAUUUCUUAAGCUUUUAGGUGCUUUUUUUCUAUUUUUACUAUUAUGAUUGCUACUUACAACUAAAGUGGCCGCUGUUACAGUAUUUGAAAGAGUUAUGAGUAUGUCAGAGAUGUUGUUUGCUUCUUUAGACCAUUCCACUCGUGAUUCGUUCAUGGUUGUUUCUUUUUCAAACAAACUUGCCAUAAUACUUUUCACGUUUUAUUUUUCCCCCCGUCAUUUAUACAUUUUUUUACCGUUUGCUUUUUUGUACGACACAAAAUGUUUCGAGUCUCAAUAAAUGUAAAAUAAAGAAAACACUGAAUAUAUGUAACAAAAAUGAUAGUUCUCUCUGUAAAUAAAAUGGACAAAGUUCUCGAA